AUGAACGAGUGUAUGUAUAAUCAACGAUAAGAAUGAUAUAAUUCCUCGGCUCGAAAAAGCUCUCCUCGUCCUUGUCCUCGUCGCCCCCAAUCCAAUUAAUCGCCUCUCUUCUUCCCCACCAAUAAUUCCGACCACCAUACAAAUUUUACAACCAAAUUUGGACCAAAAACCCUAACCAACUUUCCCUCUCUCUCUCUCUCUCUCUAAAACCCAAUUCCCUCAUUUUCUUCUUUACCUCUCUCCAAUUCCAAUGCGUUUCCCCUGAUAUCAGAGAAGAAGAAUAUUACGAAAAUCUGGGCCUCGGAAAAUGUCAGAAACACCCGAAAAGAAUCCGAGCCAGAAUCCGUUGAUUUCCCCUACGAGCUCCCGCUCCGUAACCGAGACGAUAAACGGCUCGCACCGCUUCGUGAUCCAGGGAUACUCUCUGGCCAAAGGCAUGGGCGUUGGCAAACACAUAGCCAGCGAUGAGUUUACCGUUGGAGGCUAUAAAUGGGCGAUUUACUUUUACCCCGACGGUAAGAAUCCUGAGGAUAAUUCCACUUACGUAUCGGUUUUCAUUGCGUUGGCGAGCGAGGGCACCGACGUCAGGGCGUUGUUUGAGUUGACUCUUGUUGACCAGAGCGGGAAAGGGAAGCAUAAAGUGCAUAGCCAUUUCGAUAGAUCGCUUGAGAGUGGUCCGUACACGCUUAAAUACCGUGGCAGCAUGUGGGGAUAUAAGCGUUUUUUCAGGAGAGCCAUGCUUGAAACUUCAGACUAUCUUAAAGAUGAUUGCUUGAAGAUCAACUGUACCGUUGGGGUCGUAGUUUCUGCCAUCGAUUGUUCAAGAUUACACUCAAUUCAGGUUCCAGAUUCUGAUAUUGGGUCAGAUUUUGGUACGCUGCUGGAAAAUAUGGAAGGUUCUGAUAUUAUUUUUAAUGUGGCUGGGGAGAAAUUUCAUGCCCACAAGUUGGUAUUAGCUGCCCGUUCCUCCAUAUUUCUUUCAGAACUUUUUGAAGGAUUGGACAGUGAUGAGCAAGAGAUUAUGGUACCGGACAUGGAACCUAAAGUUUUUGAGGCGAUGCUGCACUUUAUAUAUAGAGAUGCCUUAGUUGAAGAUGAGCUGGUAGCAUCGAGCUCUUCUUCAUCUCCCUUGAUAACUGACACGUUAACUGCAAAGUUGCUGGCAGCAGCUGAUCGUUAUGAUUUAGCAAGACUGAGACGGGUGUGCGAAUCUCGUCUUUGCAAGUAUAUAUCUGUAAAUUCUGUUGCACAAACACUUGCUUUGGCAGAACGUUUUCAUGCUGCAGAAUUGAAAGCUAUUUGUCUUAGAUUUGCUGCUGAGAACCUAGCAGCUGUUAUGCGCUCAGAUGGCUUUGAAUAUCUUAAAGAAAGUUGCCCAGCUCUGCAGUCCGAGAUUUUGAAGACUGUGGCUGGCUGCGAUGAGGAUUGUAGCAGUGGUAGCAAGUCUCGAAGUGUUUGGGCCCAGCUCUCUGAUGGUGGUGAUACGGGUGGCAGGAGGGUAAGGCAACGGACUUGAUAGGUAACUGAUGCUUGUUCUUCUCUGUAAUGAAUAUCAUGUAACAAAUACCUUCGAAUUGUGUAAAAGGAAGUGUUUCAUAGUUGAAAUUUGACAAAUGAAAGUCGAAAUGCAACGGAAAUUAAUUGCAUUGUUUUAGAUUUUUUGUAAUGUUUUGUGAUUAAGCUCUUUUUCAGUAGAUCCAUCUUAGAUAUGGAAUUCAUCCAUAACAAUUAUGUACCUCAGACGCUGCAAAAUGCCUAAGAUGGAUUGUUUUCAUCUUGUGGAAAAUAUGGUUUGCUUUUGC